AUGAUUUCACGAAGUUCCAGGGGCUUUUGUUCCUUAAAGAAGUUAUUUCCUGUCGUGAUUGGAGGGUCAUCUAGAGCCAAACACACUCUUCCCGAUUUGCCCUACGAUUACGAUGCUUUACAGCCUACAAUCAGCGCAGAAAUUAUGCAACUUCAUCACCAAAAGCAUCAUGCAACUUAUGUGAACAACUUGAAUGUAGCUGAAGAAAAGUUUGCUGAGGCUCAAGCCAAAGGUUAGAGAAGACAAUAUUUGGACAAUAUUUCCGUAUAACCUCAUACUCUUCCAAAAACAAAGCUUUAGUCCCCAAGGCGAUCGAUUGCUUUUGCCUUUGAUUCCUUUACUCAAAAAGCUGCAUGCGUAAUAAACGAGGCAUGGGACUGUAUGGAAAUCUUGCCAAAUAUUUUCAUAGUCUCACUGGUGGAAAAGACCUCUUACCUUACAUUACUGCAGGUUUUCUUUGUUUGUUUUAUGUCGACCAGAUAUUUCUUGAAGUCAAAACAACUUGAAGGAGAUUUUGUUUUCAUUUUUGUGAUAUUAACUCUUUAAACCUGAAGAGUGACCACCUUUUACUGUAAAUACCUCCUCCUAUUUUUUGUCUCAGAUUUCUCAUUAGAUAAGAACGAUUUAAUGAGGUGGCAAGAACCUCACAAUAUUUGAAUGGCAAGUAUGCAUGGUGGAAUGGAUACAGCCACUGGAGAGGGUGGUAUCUAUACCCCGCCCCAAAUUUAAUCUCUGUUGAAAAACACCUCCAGUGACAUUAUUCCAACAACUUUCAAAUGCUGUUAGAUAAAAAAAAAAAAAAAUGAGAAAAAUGUGAAAUCAAUGCUCCUUUUCAAAUUGGUUACCAUACUUAAGGAGGUUAAUAUGACAAUCCAAUGGGGUAGUAAGGUACCUGGAAGGGUGGGGUAGGUCAGGUCAUGGUACAUCACAACAAAAGAAGGCUGUAUUUUGAAUUAACGAUAUGACCCUCCUUCUUCAGGACCACAGUCUGUGAUCUCAGCUUUGGGUGGAAAAUCCUUCACAUAUGAAAUAAGUCAACAACUUUUAAGCAGUUUAGUAUAGAAUCCAUCUUGAUGAGGUUUUUGUUCGGCAGGUGAUACCAGUGCUAUGAUAUCACUCCAGCCAGCCUUGAAAUUCAAUGGAGGAGGACAUAUUAAUCACUCAAUAUUUUGGACAAAUCUCUCACCUAAUGGUGGAGGUGAACCAACAGGUACUUUGUGCCCCAAUUUCACCAGUGCUCUCCCAGCUGCUCUAUUGUGAUUGUGGGUUUUGGGAUAGGAUUUGGGUAAUGUUAGAGAAGUUUUAACCAUUUGAUGCCCGAGAACGGCCAGCAUCUAUUUUCUCCUUACAAUAUCAACCCCAAAUCACACAUUAAGGCCAUGAGUAUUAAGGAAACAAUCACUAACAAAAGAAGCUCUUGAUUAUUAAACAAAUUCUCCUUAUCAGCACCUUAGGAAAUGUAUAGAGGUUAGUAUGAAGAAUAUGCAUACUGAUGAAAGGGUGUAGAUGGUUCAUUUUUCUUACAGCCAAGAAGGCCAGAUCCACUUUUUCAGUUUGUUUCAUUGUUUAAGCAGACUUACUUCCCUUUCUGAUCUCUUCUGGGAAAAUAGCUGAAUUAAAUUUAAAAUCUUGUUAUUUAGGAGCCUUAAUGGAAGCAAUCAAGGAAGACUUUGGUUCAUUUGAAAACUUUAAAGAGAGGUUCAGUGCAGCAACUGUGGCCGUGCAGGGCUCAGGAUGGGGUUGGCUGGUAAGUUGAUAAACUCCCAUCUGAAUUUAGAAUGCAAGACUGAUUUUAAAACCGUAGAUUGAAUUUAAAAUUGUUGGAUUAGUGAAUUCAUUAGUGCAGCACGGGUCAUUUGAAACAACCACAGCAAAAACCCUUAAAUGAACAGGUAGAGAGAACAAAGAUUAUUGUAAGAGGCAUAUAUGGGUAUCUAACAUCUUUUUUAGAUCCGAGUCUCACAUUCCAUCAGUGGCAAUCAAGGGAAUUUUAAAAGGGUUCCAGCUACAAAUACAAUGUCGUAGUUCAGGGUGAAGGAAAAAUUAGUUUUACUGAAGGCAAGGGUCUCACACAUUUGUGUCAAAGGGAGCAGGUUAUCUCACAUUCCAUUUGUUUUUCAGGGUUAUAGCAAAGCUGACAAGGGCCUGGUGAUCACCACAUGUGCUAAUCAAGACCCUCUUCAGGCAACUACAGGUAAUAGCUAGUAAAAUUAUAAUGGUUAGACCCCAGCAUUAUUGUUCAAUGUGACAAAAAAGAUAAUUGUGAAAGACACCAACUAAGUAAGGAAAGUAAAAUUUCAAGACAGUUUAGAAGUGUGUUUCUAGUUUUUGAUAUGCUGGAUGAAACUGGGAGAAGGAUGAACCUGGGAGUGAGAAAAAACCUUCUCUCAUUCAUUUAAAAGUCCUUAUUUCUUUCUUUGUUAGGAUUGGUGCCACUUCUUGGAAUUGAUGUGUGGGAGCACGCAUAUUAUCUGCAGUACAAAAAUGUCCGCCCUGACUAUGUAAAAGCCAUUUACAGUGUUAUCAACUGGGCUAAUGUUGCUGAGAGAUAUGAAGCAGCUAAAUUAUAGCAUAUUAAGUUGUUUGAGUAGGACUCUUGUUAUUUCUCUUGCAUGUAAACAUCAAAGUUGAAUUUUGUCGUUAAGCAUGUGAUAUGUUAAGGGUAACUGGUUUUGUGUUGUUAACCCUUCAACUCCCAGAUCAAAUUUGUAAUUCUCCUUACUGUCAUCCAUACAGUUCUUAUAAUGUUAAUUCAGAGUAUUUAGUAUUGGAUCAACUAAUUAUCCCCAAAUUGAUAUUUUUCUUUAUUUUCGUCACUUAUCUGGUUGAUAUUGUAUUGGUAUUGUAAGGAGAAAUUCUGUCUUGGUCACUCAUGGGAGUUAAGGGUUAACAUGAUGUGACAGUCUUGAGGGUCUGUUUUGCCUAUUUACAUGUAGUCAGUUUUACCAAACAGCAGACCAUGAGUGAACUGCACUAUGUGAUAGAAUGCAGAAAUGGAGGUCUUUGUAGGUUACUGAUAAAUCCAAAGUGCAUUUAUAAAUAAAUAUAUGUGUGCAGUUCCAGAGCUCCAUCAUCUCCUUUUCCUCUGCCUUAAGUUUAUAGUUAAACCCUGUUAUCUUGAUACGAUAGAAAAUUCUCACAAACAGACAGUAAGAAAGACUAUGGUCACCAGUCAGGAGAAUUCAUGUUCAGAUCCUCCUAGCUAAAGGAUUAAGGACAAGAGAAAAUAAAUUGAAAUUUUGUGUCAAUUCAUGCACUUCUGGCUGGAGUAACCUUUGAUGUAACUGUUUUAAUUCCAGUUUUAGGCUAUGUAAGCAAAUUUUCUUCAUAGUGCAGACCUGAUAUAUCAAACCAUAAAAUACAGAAUCAUAAGCAG